GAAAGAGAUCACUUCAUAAGGUAAAAUUUAUAAAAAUUGGUGAUUAUUAUGCUACAUUAAAAUACCUGUCCAUGUUUUGAUCAUCAAAUGAUCCUAAAUUUUGAAAUUCGCGCGUCUUCUUUAUUAAACCCUAGAAGAAACCCCAAUUCCUAAAACCCUUAUGCUGAGCACAGAUAUGAUGAGGCCUUUUCAAACCCUAUACAAUCGCACUCAAUUUCUUGCCCCACAAAUUCGCAAACUUUACAAAUCUUUUCAUUCCACUGAGUACCGUUUCGUCAAAGAACCCUCAACAGUGUCCACCUUUUUCGACCCGGUAACGGGCGGUAUUUUAACGAGACGUGUAGCAGAGUCAGAACACACAGAAACCGAAAAUGAGAAAAACCCUAUUAGUAGUAAAACACCUGGUUCUGAUUAUGCAGAUGGUUUGAAAGAUGACAGGUCUUAUGGGAGUGUUAUGAAGGGGAAUCUUGGAAGUGGGUCUGGGUCGCGUCGGGCCGGUUUUGGGGUUAGUAAGAAAAAAAGUAAAAAUAAGACUACUUGGGUUUGUUCUGAUUGUGGGUAUAAUGAUGGACAGUGGUGGGGGUAUUGUCGUGAAUGUAAGUCCGUUGGGACGAUGAACGAGUUUACAGAGAUUGAUAAUGGUGGGAAGACGAGUGGGUUUCAGGUUUCGGAGAAUAUUGUGAGGUCUUGGUUGCCUAAAGGGUCAACAGGGGAAGCUGGUCCGUUGAGGUUAACCGAUGUGAACCGUGGGGUUAAUCACUUGGAAUGGCGGUUUCCUUUGCCUGGACUAUUUGGAGAUGAAGUUUCUAGGGUUCUUGGUGGUGGUCUCGUACCAGGUUCUUUGGUUCUGAUUGGUGGUGAUCCAGGUGUUGGGAAGAGCACACUAAUGUUACAGAUAGCAGCACUUAUAGCGGAAGGGGAAAAUAUUGGCAAACCAGCUCCUGUACUUUAUGUCUCGGGCGAAGAAAGUGUUGAGCAAAUUGGAAAUAGAGCAGAUCGUAUGGAUAUCAACACAGAUGAGCUGUUUUUAUAUUCAAGUACUGACAUUGAGGAUAUAUUGGGAAAAGCCCAUGGUCUCUCUUUACGUGCUCUAAUCAUCGACUCUAUUCAGACCGUUCAGUUGACUGGAGUUACUGGAAGCGCUGGUGGUAUUUACCAGGUUAGAGAAUGCACAGCAGCCUUGCUGCGCUUUGCUAAGAAAACAAACGUACCUGUAUUCUUGAUCGGUCAUGUAACGAAGUCUGGAGACAUAGCUGGACCCCGCGUUUUGGAACAUAUAGUUGAUGCAGUGUUAUAUAUGGAAGGGGAGCAAUAUUCGUCUCAUCGUCUUCUUCGUGCAUUCAAGAAUCGCUUUGGCUCCACGGACGAGCUUGGAGUGUUUGAAAUGUCUCCAACUGGACUGAAAGCUAUCACAAAUCCAAGUGAGAUUUUCUUGAGUGAGGAACAUUCGGAUUCAGAGGUAUUAGCAGGUCUAGCAAUGACUGUGAUUAUGGAUGGAUCUCGCACAUUCGUCAUUCAAAUUCAGGCACUAUGUGCACCAGGGAUCUCGCUUUCUAAGCAAGUGAAUGGAGUUCAAGCAGGCAAAGCUAAUCUGAUCAUUUCUGUUCUUAUGAAGCAAGCUGGUCUGAAGCUCCAAUCAAGUGCAAUAUUUUUGAAUGUUAUUGGUGGGGCUACUUUAAAUGAAACUGCUGGUGAUCUAGCAGUUGCAGCUGCAAUAUGUAGCAGUUUUCUCGAGUUCCCUAUCCCUAGCAAUGUAGCAUUUAUUGGGGAAAUCGGUCUUGGUGGUGAGCUACGUAUGGUUCCAAAAAUGGAAAAGAGGGUGGGUACCGUAGCGAAACUGGGGUACAAAAAGUGCAUAGUUCCAAAUUUGGCCAAAAAGGUGUUGCAGGGGUUAGAUUUUGGAGAACUUGAGAUCUUGGGGUGCAGUAACCUGAAAGACGUUAUUAACAAUGUAUUUGUUAAAAGUUGAUAUCUUCAAUAGAUGGUUUACUUAUAAUUGGAUCUGUUUUGUACAGUGUUAUAUCAUGAAGAAACUUGAAUUAUCUAAUCUUUUGUUAAGAAAACCAGUCUUCCGUAA